CACCCUUUGGUGUUGCCAGGAAGCGGGGUAAGCUGACUUCCGUUUCCGUCUCUCCCGGCACGAGGAUCCCGGGAGCCGGGCUAGCAGGAAAAUGCGGCCGUUGACAGAAGAAGAGACCCGAGUGAUGUUUGAGAAGAUCGCGAAAUACAUCGGGGAGAACCUGCAGCUCCUGGUGGACAGGCCCGACGGCACCUACUGCUUCCGACUGCACAACGACCGCGUGUACUAUGUGAGUGAGAUGAUCCUGAAGCUGGCCGCCAACAUCUCCGGGGAGAAGCUGGUUUCACUGGGGACGUGUUUUGGAAAGUUUACCAAGACCCACAAGUUCCGGUUGCACGUUACAGCGCUCGAUUACCUUGCACCCUAUGCCAAGUAUAAAGUGUGGAUAAAGCCUGGAGCAGAGCAGUCCUUCCUGUAUGGAAACCACGUGUUGAAAUCCGGUCUGGGCCGAAUCACUGAAAACACUUCUCAGUACCAGGGAGUGGUGGUUUACUCCAUGGCGGACAUUCCUUUGGGUUUCGGGGUAGCAGCAAAGUCUACUCAAGACUGCAGGAAAGUGGACCCCAUGGCAAUUGUGGUGUUUCAUCAAGCAGACAUUGGGGAAUACGUGCGGCACGAAGAGACACUGACUUAGGAUGGUCGUCCUGGGACCUUUUUGCUGUGUGAAAGGACUUGGCUUUGUUUCCUGUGUGCAGACAUUAUCGUGUUAGAUUUGGACAGCACUGAUAUGUGCAACUUGGAUUCUUACUCAAUGGAAAUGGCUAAAAAUAGGGUUCCAGGCCCACUUUGACUACUUGGCAAGUUCAAGGCUAGCCUGGACUACAUGGUGAGACCCUGUCUCAAAAGCUGAAAACAAACAAACCAAAAGCUGUCAUGUGUUUGAGUAAACAGUAUCUCUGUUCUCCAUCUGCAUCACCUUUGAAUCAACAGACUUGUUCUGAUAGCGAGUUCUAAGUCACUGCACUAAGGACAGGAGCCGUUUUAUUGUUAUCUGUGAUAACCCUUUUGCAGGCUAGUAAGAGCAUCUGGACUUCCUAUUAUUUUAGUAUCAUUAAAGAUAGAAGCAGUCAUAUAAGACUAGUAGGCUCUGCUGUGAUCUUACAGCUAGGAUUUAGUAAAAUAAUAGAUGUGGUUCAGCUGUUUUUCUUUGUGGUGAGCGGUGUAUGGUGUGGAAGAUCCUGUACUCAAGCCUCGAUUCUGCUGCCUGCCGGUUGUGUGCUAAUGGACAAGUCACUCCACUUAGACACGCUUCAUUUUCUCCCUUUGUUAAAAGGGGGGAAAGGCCAUGAAACUAUUCAGUGUGGUUGUACACACCUUUAAUUCCAGCACUGUGGAGGCAGAGAGGCAGGUGGAUCUCUAUGGAUUUGAGGCCAGCCUGGUCUGCUUAGGGAGACCUGCCUAAAAAAGUCAAAACCCACAAAACUGGAAAAACAUCUUUAAUCAUCAGUGUAACAGUCGUAUUCGGAAUUAAAAAUAAUGAUUGUAAAGCUUCUUGCAUAGGAUCUGGUGAAUAGUUUUGGAAUAAAUACUAAGAUAUAUUUUUAAA